UGGAAUGCCUAUUUGUGAAUGGUUUGUCUGCUUCAUAAACAACUAGCGGAGCAGUGAAUUGGAGGUUUUGUGCAGGAAUAUGGGCGUGUAACAGGAAAACAUCAAAAGAAGGAGGCAGUGUUAUACGAAAAUGGGAUGUGGUUCAUCAACAGUGGGGGUCGCAAAUCCCGAAACAAAUGGCAUGACCCCCGUGGAUAAACAGUCACCAAACCACGCUGUGAAAAACGGACACACUUCACCAAUAGCUAAGGAGCCAAAUACUAAGAAGAAGAAAGAGAAGAAAUCUACAGAUUCCAAUGCUAACAUAGAAAGUGUGGAAUCCAAUAAUCCAGUGCCAAAGAGUGUUGCCUUUGAGGUGGCAUUUGAUGACAAGAAUCUCCUACUGAAAAACCCUCCACGGAGAUUACAGAAAUUAGCCCCUCUGAAUGUUCCCAAAAUGACUCCUGAGUUGUUGGCCGAGAGGCAGAAGUUGGCGGAGGAUAAAAGGGAGAAGGAGUUGCAGAGGAGGGUCAGCGCGUCACGGAAGUCCUCAAAGCGACGGAGGGAGUUGAUGAAGGCCAAAGAGUUCGAACAACAACAGCAGCUACAGCAGGGAAAUCAGAUCGAGGAGCAGUUAAAGAUGGCUGAGUUGAAGAGACUGGCCAAGUUGGAGGAGGUCCGUACUCGGCAGAGAUUAAAAGAAGAAAGAGCAAAGCGAGCGAGAGAAAAGGCAAAGAAAUUGAAUCAAGAUAAUCCUGAUGUUGAUCUGGACGUGGAGAAAGACGAUCACUACAAUGCAAGUGAUGACUCCUGGGGAGGUGACGGUGAAGAAAAUCACAAUUAUUUUGGAAGUCCCAAGAAGAAAUCGCAAAGGGACCUCCAUCCAACAGCCAGUGCUAGCACCGUCGACAGCUUUGACAACGCAUUCAUGAGAAGACCCAACGAGGAGAAGCCUUUGGCGACGAAAGAUGACUUCUUUGACUCAUGAUACUUAAACACUUUGAUAUACACAUUUGUAUGAUAUCCUGAAGAUUGAUAUCCUAUACUGCAUGUUAUCUUUUCUGUUUCAUAUCCUGUUAUCUUCAUCCUGUAUGAUGUCAUACCUGUUUUAUAUCCUGAUCUGUAUGAUGUCAUACCUGGGUGAUAUCCUGAUCUGUAUGAUGUCAUACCUGGGUGAUAUCCUGAUCUGUAUGAUGUCAUACCUGUAUUAUAUCCUGAUCUGUAUGAUGUCAUACCUGGGUGAUAUCCUGAUCUGUAUGAUGUCAUACCUGGGUGAUAUCCUGAUCUGUAUGAUGUCAUACCUGUAUUAUAUCCUGAUCUGUAUGAUGUCAUAUCUGUGUGAUAUCCUAUCCGUCUCUAUGAUGUCAUACCUGAUAUCCUGUUCUGUGUAUAUCCAGGGCUGUUCUGUAUGAUAUCUUGAUCUGUAGGAUAGCAUGUAUGUAUGAAAUCCUUUUUCUGUAGGAUAUCUGUGCUGUGUUUCAAGGGUAGCAGAAUAGCGAUGGCCAGUUCCUUUUCAUAGUCUAUCACCUUGGUCUGUGAAUAUGUGUGUGUGUGUGUGUACAUAUAUAUGUAUAUAAUCUUAACACUUAAUAACUAUACCAACCAAUCAAAACUAAAAGCUAGUAAGUGCAUGCUCAGAUUACACUGAAUGACUGUGUAGAAUGACUUAUCAGAGUAUUUUUAAUUGUUUGCUAAAAACAUAUGCAAACAAAAAGGUAUUUAUUUACGUUAUAUUCUCAGCUGAUAUGUCUUAAUUUUUUAUAUUACUAAGUUAGUCGUAUAGUACAACGAUGUAUUAUAAGGAAGUCAUAGUGAUAGACUAUUGUGUUAAAUUGAUUGAUGUCAGUUGAAAUAAUAUUUUUGGGUAAAUAAUUAUAUCCCUGAUAGUGAGCGUGAUUUCUGGUGAUUUGUUUCUUGGAUUAUUAUCAUGAUGAAUAUGUGAGAAUCAAAAAUUCACUGAUAUGGCUUCCUGUUAUAAUUAUGAUAUUCAUUUAUGUUAUAUCAUAACUAUUCUUUUUUCAAAAGUUGAUAUUAACAUUAAUAAUUAGGAAUUCUUUUUAGCCUUCAAUAAAAGAUGUCAUGCACAUGAACUCAGUGAGAAGAUUAUAUAUUUUAUUAUUUUAAAACUUUAUUAUUUUAUCAGUGUUAUCUUGUUGCAAGUAUAUUAAUGUUCCAAAUUCAAUACCAUUUUGAAGAUGAAUAUACAGAAUGAAUGAAUGCUUAUUCUAUUUGUGUAUUAUCACUUUAUUCAUAUGAUUUAUGAUAAAUGUAAAUAUUAUUCAUAUACACAUUCUGCUGAUGUGUAUCGGUUGUAUUUUGUGUAUGAUGUGUUAAUAAGAUCAUGCUCAAAUUGUUUAUUUUUACACAUUUCUAUCAUGUAGAAAGACUUAUAUUUUACAAAUUUCUACGACAUAAAUCAUGGAUAAUUUAUUUAAAGCAUAUGCUCGUUGAGAUACUGUUUUCCUAAAGGUGAAUUUACAGUACAAUAAAAUGUACAAUGCAAACUCAAAGUGCUUUUAAAAUAGGUCACAAUAUCUAACAUGAAAUUUAUAUGUUUCAAAUAUAAAAAAAACCAUGUAAUGUCUUAAUCAAAAAUGUUUAAUUCAUUGCUUUAUUUUAGUGACCUUUGUUACCAAUACUUAUGUAUGUUGUAUAGUAUUUGAAUUCAGUUGGAGUCACCAUCUUGGCUACACAUGAUAACUGGAUCCAUGGUUGAUGUUUUAGAACUGUAUAAUAUGUAAUAGACAUUUAACAUUAAAAUUGACUUUUGACAUUAAUUGACAUUAAAAGUUUGAUAUUUUGGUCCCCUCCCUUUUAAAAAUGCUGGAUCCGCCCUUUAUGGUGGCUGGCAAAUAUGCUGCUUUUGUCGUCAAAUGACAAGUUUAGAAUUGAUAUUUUUAUGAGUGGUGUAGCAACAUGCAUAAGUCAUGUGAUGCACCAACUAAGGCAUAAACAAAUCUGACAAAUUAUUAUGUAAGUCAGUUGUUAGAGCUAGAUCCCAUAUACCGGUAUAUGGCCUCUGCAUAGGAAUACUUGUCCCAAAAUGCGGCCAUUUCGAACCAGCUGAUUAUGAGCUUAUAAGCAUGUGUGUCAUCAACAGACCAUGCGCUAAACAGAUUGUAAAGUUUGCAAAAAAUAUCUUACAACCAAAACAAGCAGGUCAGGUAAUCGUCGGUUUUCUAUAUUCAUGUUUUAUACUAUGAUGUCAGUUUUUCACAAAUAUUUGUUUGCUGUUACCAUGGUUUCUAGUAAUGUUGUUAUUGUUAAUAUGGAAUUAUUGUGUUAAUAGCAACACACACUCAAGAGAGACUAUCCUUGUAAACUAUAUAUUACAUCUAUGAUAUUUCUUGCAGUAUAAGUGUCACACAAAACAAGGCAAAUGUGUCUUCAUAAUACUUUAACACUGACUUAUGACAGUCAUAGCGCUAAGAUCGCUUUGUGGAACUGGUCCUGAAUACUAUAGGGUGGCAACAACUUGUCUGUGGAUUUUUUACUAUUUUGAUAUCAGAUAUGUACAUAUCUAUCUUAGGAUGCAACUUUACAGCUGUUUACUACAAGACCAGUGUGUAUUGUAGUGUGUUUAAUGAAUGAUGAACUAUUUACCUUUCCUGACUGCAGAACCGAUGUCUGUGUCUAUAUGUUCACCAAAUAAGGCCAUUAUGAAUUAUUUAAUUAUCAUCCAUUUUGCCUGUAAAGUGAGAUUGGAGGGGGGGAUGUCUUUAAAGAUAAAUGAAAAAAGUUAUUUCCUCAAAUGGGAGUCUGAUGGGAACAAAUCACACAUAAUAUGAAGUGAGCCAUGUUUUUUUAAAGAUCAGCUUUGUAGCUAUUAAAACGUGUUCUCAUCGCGAUAUGGCUAAAAUAAUGCUGAUGCGCUGUAAAAUGUUAACUCACUCACUCUAAAGACAGGCAGGCAGGAUGAUGAUCAUAUGGUGGUUAAUUUAUUCUGGCCUAACACUAGUGUGUCAAAACUGUUUACAUGUACAUCUAAUGCCCGAAUCUACAUAUAAACAUUUUACUAAACUGUGGUAACAGGGUACGCCAUUCUCAGGCACAUACCUCCAUCCUCAAUGAUCCAGGGUAGCACAUCUCCAAUCUAUUAGGAUUUUUAAUAUUUUUAAAUAUGUUGAGGACUCAUUCUGCUGAUCCCAUGAUUUUAAUUGACAUUUGCAUUAUGAGAAAAUCUGUGGUAAGUUAGUGACAGGAGAGAUGUAGCAGGUUGGUCACUUCCAAACGAAGCUUUUCUGGCGAAUAGGUCCACAGUAUACAUGUACAUAAUAAUACAAUGGAGAUCUGAUACACCGGAUAAUCGAGCAUACCUGCAUACUUUGUUCAGUAUGUAACACCAUAACAGCCAUAAAUACAAAUUGUCCAUGUAAAAUAAAUUAGAAUCAGCCAAAAAGAGCAAAUGUGUGAUAAAUGGUGAAUAUGAUUAUUUAUUGAAUGUACACCCUAUGCCAAAAUCUUUAUGGUGACUUGUAAUCUGUGACAUGUAAUUAAUGAAGUUGAUUCGUUAAAUGUGUACACUUAUUGUAUACUACUGGAAAAAAGUUAAGGACUACCCGAUUCUAUCAUGUUGCUAUAGUUAAUCUGUCAUCAAGCUGACAUGACGUGCCAGAUUUACAAUAGUAAUAUGAAAGAAUCAAGUGGUCCUGAACCCUUUUUUUCAGUAGUAUAUGUUUAUUUGGUAAACCAGACAAAUUUUGUGGGUUUUUUAUCAGUCGCUAAGAAGCAGAAAGUUAACAAUAAACCUAUUUUGAUUUGAGUUGAAGUUCUUGAAAACUACUAUUGAAAUGAUGGUUUGAAUGUGAGACUCAUCUUGACUCAAAAGUUCUAAUUCCUGUAUGAGGGUAACUCUGUUUUUCAAGGCAUUUUGAUUUGCAGAUGCACAGGGUACGCCAUUAUCUGGCUGACAGGAGGGCAGUUGAACAGAAGGAUGGCUUCUUCAGCUUUGACGUCUGAGCACAUGCCCAGUGCUCUGUGCUUGAGUUCGAGUUCAAAAUCCCUGGCAGACCCAGGUGAACCCCAUUUUAACCCUAGUUAACCUUGGUUGACCAGUGUUAACCCAUGUUAACUGACAGAAUGCACCUUGUGAUAUUGUUGAUCCCCUACCUCAGAGUAUUUUCUGUACUUUUCAAAUGUUCAAUGACAUAUGUUAUGAGAGACUGGCUGCAGUCUGUCUCCAAUAUAAACAUAAAACAUAAUACAUAAAUCUGAGGUAUAUUUUCCCUGGCAUAUUCCAAAUGCAUAGGAAGCUCUAGAAACCUUUGAAUAUGUUUUCAAAUUUUGGGGUUGCAUUUCGUUUGUUUGCUUGUUGAGUAUUUUGAGACAUUUAAACGUGGUAAUAUGAUGGAGUAUGUUCUCGUCUAGUGAUAUGAUUAAAUUGAUAUGAAGUAAAUUAUGAAGUUAAAGUAUGAACCUAAAUUAUUCAAUCAAAACUUCAGUUUCAAUAUAAGAUUGAAAACCUGGAACAUAUUUCAGCAGGCAUGUUCUCUGUUAUCUGUGGUCUUUAAAUUCUCUCGUCAAAUGGAAAGGAGUGUGUGUUGAAUCUCAUUGGUUAAGGAUGUAUUUAAGAGUGUUUCACUUUUUCUAAGAUAGGUAUUUCUAAAAUGUAGAUGAUUGAAUAGAACCUUGACUGGAAAAAUGAAUGAAUCAGCACACUUAUUACCGACUAGCGGUACGCCACAUCCACACUUUACUAGAGGCAUGCUGGGAAAUCUCUCACCGUGUUAACAGUUUUGCAUGAAUACUAGUAUUCAACUUUUUGAGAUAUUUUAAUCACAUUUGGAUUAAUCUUUCAUCUAUUAGAAAAUAUCAUUAUUUCCAAUUGUUAUCAAUAAGGUAUAUUAUCCGUAAUUUUAUCAAAAAUUCUAUUAUUUGAUUGCCACUGUUUGUUAUAGAUAUGUAAUGAGGGUUACUGAGAUCCGAAGUCAUGUCUGCCUGGUUUAUAUGAAAUGUUGAUUUGUUUUAUUGAAGUAUUUGAGUAGAUUGUUGUAUUGACCUGGUAUUUAAUUCUGUGAUAUCAUUUCAUUUACCAUUAAAAUGUGUUCUAAGGCAACUCUAGCUUUAAAUGUCUGUUAGAUGAUUUGUAGUGAAAUUAGAAUUGAAGUCAAAGCUAUAGGAAUUAAUAAUUUAUGCCCAAAUUGUGUGAAUUUGUUAAACAAAAUUACAAUUAACAAUUUAGAUGUUGCUUCUGUACACAGACUUUAUACAGAAUAGUUGGUUAUUUGUAAUUAUAUUUUAAUUGUAAACAGGAAAUAUUCCAGUGCUUUUCAUUAUUUAGAACAUGUGUACCCUAGGAAUACAGCCCAUUAUUAGAAUCAGCAAAGUCCAUGAAGGUAGAUGUGUAGAAUCACAACAAAACUAGAAUGCAAAGAACACUGUAUAAUCUGUCAUCUGGUGUUUGGUUUUCACACAAGUUUAAAGUACCAAACUGUUCCAGGAUUUUAUACUUCAGCCAGGUUUAAAGUCUCAACCUCAUUCACAAUGUUCCCUGUUCCCUAUGUCACUUUUCACUAUGAUUUGCAACCACUUGCGUCUCCUCAUUGUAUCCCCAGUUUCAGUGCACAAGGGUGGGUAACUCUGACUGCACUUAUCUGGAAUGGGGACAGUUUCAGGAAAAGUAAGUUGUAAGUUGUAUUCUGCAUACAAAAUCAGCUUGUAUUAUUGUGCCAAUUUGAUCAACGUAAAACUAUAUAAAAAACACACACAAAAUAUGUACUUUUUUUCUAAUCAUGCAGACUUUGAAUUAUGAAAUGAUCUCUAUUAAAUAUAUAUGUUACAUCAUGGACCCUAAAUAUAUUAUGUAUCAUAUUAAGUGGCCAUGGCUACAUCUUCAUGGAUUUGUUCUUCACAAGGUUUCACUGGAUUUUGUUUCACAGAAGCUGAAAUUGUAUCAUAUCUUCUGUAACUGUGUCAAGUUUAUUCUGAAGUUGUCUCAGAUGCUCAAUUUGUGUCAUGUUUCUGUUGAAUUUGUUAAUACUUCUCGAUUUUUGUGUCCAAUGCUGAAAUUGUGUUAUGUUUCUGCUGAAAUCAUGGUUAAAUUGAAGAAGUACCGAUGAUGCCCUGGAGGUGUAUCUGAAACUAGCAGUAUUAUGUAUUGUUAUAUCCCGGGGCUGGUAUUGUGAGGACCUCUCACCUGUGAUAGUCAUUCCUGGAGAAGGGACACUGCUUGAGCCACCCCACACACCUGGUGCUGGCAGACGUACUGUGUUCUCAAUAAAUGAGUGAAUUUGA